UAUUCCAGUUUUAAUUUGGUACCAUGGACAGCACCUUGGAAAAUCUGGAUGCCGCCUCCUUUUUGCAAAUCUGGAAGCAUUUUGACUUUGACGAUAAUGGCUUUAUUGAGGGAAAAGAGCUGAACGAGUUUUUCCGAUAUCUAAUGAAUAAGCUUGGGCUAAGCGAGGAAGAGACAGAGGUCAAAUUGCAUCGAUUGAAAGAAAACUUCAUGUCUUUAUAUGACUCAAGCAUGGACGGUCGCCUGCAGAUACAAGAGGUGGCUAACAUGCUUCUACCAGAGGAUGAAAACUUCUUGCUCCUGUUCCGCAGGGAGACUCCGCUGAAUAGUAGUGUGGAAUUCAUGAGGAUUUGGAGGAACUAUGAUGUAGAUGGUAGUGGUUACAUUUCAUCUGGAGAACUACAGGGUUUCCUGCAUGAUCUCUUUCUGCAACACAAGAAGGAAAUUUCCUCAGACAAACUCCAGGAGUACACUGAUGCCAUGAUGCUGUUGUUUGAUAAGAACAGAGAUGGCCAUCUGGAUUUGAAUGAUUUAGCCAGAAUUCUGGCACUUAAGGAGAAUUUCCUUUUGAAGUUUGAGAUGGAGGCCUGCACUCAAGAAGAGAGAAAAAGGGAUUUUGAGAAGAUAUUUGCUCACUAUGAUGUGAGUAAGACUGGAGCUUUAGAGGGACCAGAGGUGGAUGGUUUUGUGAAAGACAUGAUGGAGCUUGUGAAGCCGGACUUAACUGGAGGGGACCUGGACAAGUUCCGGAAGGCUUUGCUGAGCCAUUGUGAUGUCAACGGGGACGGAAUGAUUCAGAAGAAUGAGCUGGCGCUGUGUCUAGGGCUCAAGAUCAAUUCUUAAAGCCUACGUGACAGGGAACUAGAGCAUGUUUUCCACAUUACCAUUGAAAGUCAUCACAUGCUAAUCGCUAAUGCCAAACUUUGUUGAUAAUGUGAUAAUAUUACAUGUGUUAGCUUUUAAAUUCCGAGGAAUGGGGUAGAGAGUUAUGUUCAUAUCAUAGGCUUGUGUAGAUCUGUGAUUAUAUGUCUGUUGGUGAUAUGUUAUAUAUGCUAUAUUAUGAAUUUUAUAUGCUGUAUUAUGAAUUUUAGAUUAGUUAGGUGCUGUGCACUCAGAAUGUAGCAAUGAGAACACUGCAAACUUGUUAGCCUAUCAUGAUUCAUGUAUGCUGAGUGUA